AUGAGCGGUAGAUCUAAAUCUUCAAGGCUGUAUUGCCAUUAUUUUUAAACUACUAAAUCAUGCAAGAAAGAAGAAAGAUGUGAAUUUUUACAUGACUAAACCAUCGAUUUUUGCCCUAACGAAUCAAGAUGUCCCAUUAAGGUUGUCCACUAAGAAGUGCCUAAAAGACCUUAAACUGAACAAAAGAAGGAGAGAAAGUCUAGAAAAUAAAACAAAGAAGAAUCUAAAGACGACUCUGUCGUUGAUGGAAGUUAAAAAGUUGAGGUUCCUAAAAUAAGCAAGCCUAUUGCUUUUUCUACUUCUAUGGUUGGCUGGGGUGAAGCUGAAAUUUUUAGAGAGGUUAAACCAAUCACUGUAGUUGAAAAGAAAGUAGAAUCUUAACCAAAAAAAACUUUUAGAGACAAGGCUGAAAGAAAUACAAAUAAUAAAAGCAAUAACAAGGACAAGAAUUUUGAUGAAACAAAAGGAAAGAGAAGAGAAGAAGAGAAAUCAGAAAUCAAUAAUAAUUCAGAUAUAUCACAAAAUAAUUAAAAAAGUAGAUCAACAAAUCCUAAAAAGAGAGAAAUUAAGAACGAAUAGUAAGAAGAGAUUGAAGAAACUAAAUAAGAUUAUGUCAAAUAAACACCAAAAACUGUAGUUAUUAAGAAGGAAUUACCUGCCCAAGUCAAGUAAUUUAUAGAUUAAUACUACUCAAAGAAUGAAGAAGCUAGAAAUUUCAUUACUAACUUCCAUUUCUUGAAAGAUGACAUGACUUAUUUCCUUCCAAUCUUUUAAAGUUUGUUCCCAAAAAUGGAACUCGAUUUAAUGUUUAUUGUUGAUUGUACUGGUUCUAUGAGUUCUUGGAUUGACGCAGUCAAGCUUGAAAUUACAGGCAUUGUUGCAGCUAUUAAGAACUAACACCAUGGCAGUUAAAUCAGGGUUAGCUUUGUUGGUUAUCGUGAUUAUGGAGAUUCUGAGCGUUACAGCAUCUUUAACUUUUCUGAAGAUUUGGAGAAGUUCUAAGAUUUUAUUUCAAAAGUCCAAGCUUGUGGAGGUAAUGACGCAGCUGAAGAUGUAGCAGGUGGAUUCAAACAAGCUAAUUCCCAAAAUUGGAAAUCAUAAGCUAAAUACGCUGUCCUUCUUGCUGAUGCUCCUGCUCAUGGUAUCUAAUAUCAUGGAGAUAAAGCUGAUUUCUAUGAUAGAUAUCCCAAAGGAGAUCCAGAUGGCAUCGACUUGAAAAAAGAGUUCUAAAAUUUAAUUAAAAAAGGAGUCAAAUUGUAUGCUGUCGAGAUUAUGAAUUCUACUAAAAUGAUGUACGACAUUUUCUAACAAUAUAACAAAGAAGUUAAUGGAUAAUAAUUAGACAUUACUAAAUUAGGAAAUAGCACAUAAGGAUUUGGUCAAUUCAUUUCUUAGACCGCUUCUUAAACAUUAUCUUAAUCCUACACAAAGGAAAGCAAAGAUGACCCUGAAGGAGCUUUCUUCAAAGCUAUGAAAAUAUGCGAAGGAAUGUAAACAGCUUAGAGCGUGAAUUUCUUUGAAAGGUAUAACUUCAGGACUAACACUAACGAAGAAGUAGGACAAGACUAAGCAAGACAUAACAAAAAUAUAAAAGAAGUUACUUUUACUGUCUCUCCUUCCAAGAUUUUUAAUAUUCCAAAUAGCGUUCAAUCUAUGAAAGCUAUUUGUCACACCUAUUUCAUUGUUCAAGAUAAAGGUGUCCCAAUUAACUGGAGAAAACCUCUUGUCUAGAACUCCUCAAUCAAGACCAGUAUCAGAAUCAACACAACUCCUUUUGCUGAAGGUGCUAUGAGAUACGCCUUCUUCGCUGAAGACACUCUUUUGAAGUAGAACUUGGUUGCUAAGUUAAACAAAAAGUAGAACUUAAACAACCCAGAAUAGGACAAGGAAGACAUGAUCAAGGAUUUAGAAAGCUAGUUCCUUUGUUAGCACAUUGUUAACUGCUUUAACGAUCGCGUUUCUGAGCAUGUUCAAACAACUGCUAACCUAAAGAACUUUGUCCACUGUUUCAUUUACGAAUUACAAAACCCAGGAAGUAACUACAAAUAUUAUUCUGCUGAAAACUAUAUUUAAGGAGAAUAUGUAAAGUUCAAUAACAACGCUGGCUGGACAAACCUCAGAUUCGAUGAACCAGGUCUUCUUUCUCAAGCUUUAUCACAUUUCUCUUAUCAAUUAACAGAAGGCUAUCUCAUGAUUGUAGACUUACAAGGAGUAGGUGGUCUUUUGACUGACCCUUAAAUUCAUUGUCUUGACCAACACCGUUUUGGUGCUGGAAAUCUUGGAUAUUAGGGUAUGUUUAAAUUCUUCUUAUCUCACUAGUGCAACAAAUAUUGUCAAAACUUGAACUUAGUACAUCCCAACAUUAGUUAAAUUCCUAAGAACUUAAAAUUCUUUGAUAAUGUUUUGACUAAACCCUCAGACCCUAAAAAGUAGGUCUAUUGCAUGUGUGAUCUGUGCAAAGUUCCAUUCUAAACAACAGCAGGAUUUUUGUACAACAAGAGAGAGCAGUGUUUUGAAAAGUACUGUCCUUCAUGCGAUUAAAAGAGACAAGCUACUUUAAAAUCAGCACAAUGCACUUCUUGCAAUACAGUUUUCAAAUCUUCAACAUACUGGUUCUUAAUGAAAAGAACAGAUUUCCCUGAAUUAUGUGGACCAUGUAGAAAACUAAGAAGAGAGAGAAUGAGGGCUGAAUUAAAAUGA